AGUUUUCGCCUGAGUGUCAUACAAAUGACAUGAAACCGAACUAUUUUCAGUACACAUUUUUGAAUCAUUUUCUCUAACUAAGCUUGGGAGUUCGCAUAGGCGUUGGAAAAAAGUGUUUCGGUUUAGAAAAAUUAUCACAUUUUGAUUCAAAAACCUUAUUUCACCGAAUUUAGACUCAUUUAACUCAACACUCAAUACAUUUUGUUUUUGCUUCAUUUCUUGAGUGAACAAAUUAAAAUCAGAAUGUUAUCAAAUUCGAUGUUUUACGCCCUAGUCCUAGUCGGUGUCAUGAUGCUCUAUAUCUUUUAUAAAUGGGCAACCGCGAAUCAAAAUUACUUUGUGCAACGCAAUAUAAAGCAUUUGAAGCCAACAUUUUUACUCGGAAAUACGGCUAAACUAUUUACAAAACGAACAAGUUUUGCCAAAUGGUUGAAUUCGGUGUAUUAUCAAUAUCCAAACGAAAAGGUGAUUGGAUUCUUCGACAUGCGUAAGCCGGUGUAUUUUGUUCGUGAUGUGGAUUUCCUUCGUCAGAUAGCGAUUAAAUACUCCGACCAUUUCUACGAUCGUAAAUUUUUAACCAUUGAUUCCAAAUCGGAUACACUGAUUGGGAAUACUUUGCUUUCAUUCACCGGAAAAAAGUGGCAUGACAUGCGAUCGAUGUUGUCGCCAUCGUUUAGCAGCAGCAAGAUGCGGCAAAUGUUCGAAUUGGUUGUUGAGUGUGCAGACGACAUGGCAAAAUAUUUCAUCGCAGAAUCAAAGCAAGACAAACCGAUUCGAUGGGAAAUGAAAACCCUCUUUGCACGUUACACAAUUGAUGUCAUUGCAUCGUGCGCAUACGGAUUGAAAGUCGACUCAUUCAGAGAUCCCACCAAUGACUUCUUCACAGUCGCAUGCAAAAUGCUCAAUUACAAAAAAGACACGCUGCGAUUUUGGCUGAUUCGAGCGUUUCCUCAUCUAAUGCGUUCACUGAAUAUUGAGCUAUUCCGCAGUGAUGUUAGGAAAUUUUUCAAAUCGAUGGUUUUAACAACUAUGGAAGAGCGAGAAGUGAAAAACAUUGUACGACCCGAUAUGAUCAACAUUAUGAUGCAAGUUCGUAGUGGAAAUCUCAAGCACGAUCAUGAUGAAUCGAAUGAAAAUGAUACUGGUUUCGCUACAGUUGAAGAGUCGAAUAUUGGAAGGCGUCAAGUCAAUCGCACUUACACGGAUGACGAAAUCAUUUCUCAGUGUUUCUUGUUCUUUUUAGCUGGGUUUGAUACACUCUCUACGGGUUUAACAUUUAUGGCGUAUGAGUUGGCGCUCAACCAAGACAUUCAACAAAAAUUAUACGAAGAAAUCCGUGAAGCUAAUGAAAGUCUUAAUGGCGGUCGAUUGACCUAUGACACACUACCAAAGAUGAAGUACUUUGAUCAAGUGAUAUCUGAGGCACUACGCAAAUGGCCUCCGGCAUUGGUGACCGAACGGAAAUGUACCAAAGACUUCGAAUUUGAAUUGGAUGGUAGAAAAAUCUUGAUCGAACGUGGCCGAGAAGUUCGCUUUCCAAUCUAUUCGAUUCAUCACGAUCCGGAGAAUUAUGAAAAUCCAGAACAGUUUGAUCCGGAAAGAUUCAGCGAUGAAAAUAAGCACAAGAUCAAACCUGGCUCGUAUAUACCAUUCGGAAUCGGCCCGCGUAGCUGUGUCGGUUCACGGUUCGCUCUGAUGGAAAUAAAGGCCUUGCUAUUCUAUUUGCUGUUAAACUUCAACAUUCAACCGUACGAGAAAACCGAAAUUCCUCUAAAAAUGAGCUAUUCACAUUUCAGCUGGAACAUCGCAAACGGGAUUCAUUUAGAGUUUGAGCCAAGAGUAUAAAUUGAUACAUCAAUCAUGUAUAUGAUGAAUUUCGAAUUAAUAUAAUAGUUUUUUAAAUGGAAAAUUUGAUUGAAUUCAUAAAAAUUGAUUGUCAAAAA